GGGCGACACAAUUCUGUGCUGGUAGAAGGUACUGACCAGCUUGCCGCUAAAUCUGUUUAAAAGUUUUAAAGCAACGACACCAAUUCAUUACAUAUAUAUUAUUGAAGAGUCCGCAAGUGGUGUACUUGCUGUUAAAAAGCUUCCGAAAGACACUGUCUUCGUUCUUUCGUCGGUGAAUCUGUGAUUUAAGUCAUUUUAUACAUCAACAGACCUGUUUUACCAAUUUUAGGCGUUUAACGAAUGCUUGAACAAGGCCUUAACUAAUGGAAUACAUAAGCAGUAAUUAGUAUUGUGUAUACAUCCGGGACUCUGUAAUUUUUUUUUAUUAAUGGCUUGUUUAUUGCGCCGGCGAUUUCUGGACUCUGGGACUUUUAAUUUUGUAAAUAACUUUCAUUCAGUAGCCAAUUCCGAAGCGCAUUGGUUCCCUGCUUUGAGAAAACGUAGAAAGAAACUCAACAGCGAUCAUGCACACUUUACUGAUGAUAAGCUUGAACAAAGUUGGGCAACCUUGCGAAGCAUCCCACCAAAAGCACACCCAUCAAACCUCAAGUUUCAGGUGUCGCAAGCUUGGGAUCGAACGUUGAGUUCAAAACAUGAUCCUCAAUAUGAGAAGGUUCAUGAACAAAAUUCUAAUCCUAUUUUGGAUGCCGCUCUAUAUAAGGAUGCGUUGAUUAGGCGGACGGUACAGCCUGUCGAUGAAAAAACGAUUGAUUCUAUAUACAAAAAUUAUCUUCGAGCGCUUCGUUCUACUCAUUCUCUUAAUCCAAUCUCGCUGAAUCAGUUAUUACAAGACCUCCUUCGACUUGACGCACCAGAACAUGCUCUUUUUCUUUUAAUAGAAGCUGUACGUUUAUAUUUUCCACGAAAACAGUUUUACGACGCUUAUAAUGUUACGAAUCCGUGGCACUCAAUAAUUCAAUCUAUUCUUGCCCGGCUCCCAUCUCCUGAAUCUACGAUACAAUCAAUGACUUUAAUGACUAAUGACUUAAAUAUUGACACUGCUUUAUUCCUACUAUAUUACGAAUGCUUUCUGUUUCGGGCUUCUAAUGGCGAACUGACUAAGGCUAUUCAAUUGUUUAAACUGAUGAAUCGUCUGAGGAACGGGAAGAUAUCUGAUUCCCCAAUUGUUUUAGCAUUGCUUGCCGUGGAUUGUGAACGGCCAAAACUUGCUUUACAGUACUACUCUCAGUAUAUUCGAAACAGUAAACUGAAUCACGACAACCGAGUUGCUCAACUUCUCUUAAAAAUAUGUAUCACAGCAGACGCCGAGACUGCUUGCCAAUCAUUAUCCUUUUUACAGAAAUGGAUACUGGUAAACAGUUUCGAACCUUCUUACGAAAACCUGAGAAUGUUUGCGUUCAUAUUAUUAAAGUUCGGGUCAAAAACAAAACCGGAUGAUUUAUUUAGGCGAUAUCAGAUUACUUUUAAACGGUUUCGUACGCAACCCCUCGUACACGCCAUUUUAUCACUUUAUUCUGAGUUCUGUGAUUUUAGAAACACACUUAAGUGGUAUCAAAAAUUUGUAUCAAUAAGCCAUAAACAGGAUCUCUCAUGCAUCAAGUCACUGUUUUCUACUUCAGUUUCUCUUGAUGCUGAUUCAUGGAACCGAGAGAUGAGACGCUAUCCAUAUGGAACAAUAAAAGACGUUCUGGCGUUUAGUAUAACAAUGUCUUUAUUUUGUCGUCGUGGAGAUACUCAGAUGAUGGACGAAGUCUUUCAUCAUUUUGUCUCUCACGAUGUAGUGCCAAAUGAACACAUAUUAGGUAUCUAUCUAAAAGGCAGCUUGGUCUCACCGACCCGAGCCAAGUUUGACCAAGUGUUGCAGCUCUUGGAUUAUUACAAUAUUGUACCAAGCGUGACUACGCUAACAGUUAUUCUUGACGCUUCUUUAAAAUACGGUGACGAACAUCUGUAUAAUGAAACCUUACAAAGACUGGAGGUCGCGGGGAGUUACAAUUCACCAUAUGUCUACACUAUACGAAUGCAUCAUUUUGUGAAAGUCAGAGAAUAUGUUAAAUGUCUCGAAUUAUUCUCAGAAAUCAACAACCCCAAUACCCAUCACUAUACAAUCGCAAUCUGUUGUCUUGUACGAUUAAAGCAAUUCCAUAAAAUCCCGGAACUUCAAAGGAAAAUGGAAGAACAAAACGUUCCUUUAAGUGUAGUAACCGUCAUUAUGCUGAUUUGGGCAUACAGCAAGGAAGGGCUUAACGGUAUUCAAAAAGCGCGGGAUUUACUCCAACGCACACUGCAACAUCGCAGCUUUUUCAUUUCUAUAAAUACCCCUAUGCCUGAAUUUGCUUUACCCGCUGGUCUUUAUGCUCCCAUUGUAAAGACUCUUGUUAGUAACGAACAAUUCACAGAAGCAAAAGCAAUAUUUGCAGAUUAUCUGUCUCAACUUGAAAAGAAGACUGUGUCGACACCGGAUCUCCCACUCUUUGAAUCUGUUAUUCAGUUAUUUUCCGAGACGGCUGAAGACGAACUCGUACAGCAAUUUUGGGAACGAGCAGUGCAAGUUACUAUGCAACGCUUUGGCAGAUUUCGACUUUCGCGAAACAGUAACAAAAUCCAAACAAUUCCUUUCAUCACUGAUGGCUGCAGUUCAAUGCUGAAUUCCACUUCUCUCGUUUACUUUACUCAUUUAGCUAGCCGGAGAAAGUUUCCUCAGAUAGAGAUGACUUGGAAGAAUUUAGAAGAUCGCGGUUUCCGUAUGGAUUCGUUAUUAUGGAACAAGCGAGUUUUAUGGAAUCUUGAAGGUGAUUUAUUAGAUACUGCAUUGUUUAAUGCCAGCAAAUAUUUGGCAAUCGUUCAAGACGACUCUGGAAAACAUGAAUUCUCUACAAACGAUGUCCUGACCUCUUUCAUUAACAAUCAAUUCUAUCACUCUACCGCUAAAACCCUACAAGACAAACUUUUUGCUUCGCUAGAACGAGGUUACAUGUAUUGCGCGGACGGCAGUAUCACCAACACAGUUCACUUUCUAAAGAGUCAUUUAAAGAUUAUAAAGGAAUUGCUUAAAUACUUAGAGGACGUGAACCCCACUGGAAAACACGUACUACGCGUUCUUUCCGAGGCAGACAAACAUUCUUGGUCAACCUGAUGCGACCGUCUAUUCAUUUGUGUCCAAUAGUAUGGUAGUAGGCCCAGAAUUGACGAGUUGAACCUGCAUCAUUGCUCCAAAUACGCUUAAUGUAAGUUAGCGAACCAGAUUUUUGCAAAGCUUUCAUACCCAUCUGUUUUAUGUUAGAAGUUGAUACAACCAUUUUGAUUAAGUAAUCUUACCCUUGACCUUGUCGGCGCCCAAUGAAUUACGAAGUCGCUCCAAAACUUGCUGAUAAAGAACUUGGGCAUCUUCGCCCUUCAUGCUUCGGUGAAAGUCGGGUUUCGUACCCUUCUUUGUUUGAGCAUACAGAGUAAAUUGGGAAACUUUAAUAAUGUAUCAGACACCAAUGACAAUUUUAAACCUGAAAGUAUUUGAGCAUACUCAUUACUUACCACUGAGAAUCUCUCCUUUGAUAUCCUCAACACUCUUCUUCCACAUGUUGCCUUGUUCAUCUUCAAACAGUCUUAACUUUGUGAUCUUUUUCGUCAAGCGUUCCACAUCUUCAAUCGUGUCCUCUUAAUUCAGUUAACCCGAGUCUGACAUAUAUUUGUUGCAAGUUGGCAUUUCCAUACCUCUUGAAAUACCGACGAGAACGCAAAGCCUGAGUAAGAUUCGUUAGUUCACCCGCUCUAAAGUACAAAAAUCCAUACCCUUUAGCAAUAGAGGAUACGACUUCCGAAUUUACUGUAAGACAAACAAGUUAGUAAAUAUUCAAUCCCUCUACGAACGGACUCACCAGUUACGCUGGCAUUGGUAACUCGUUGAAUGACAGCCUUCAUUAUUCAAAACUUUCUGUCAGGUAUACCCGCGUUAGAGUUAAAGGAAUCGUGAAUAAAAAAUAUCCCAAAAUCGUUCCGUUAAAAUGGCCCUGCUACAACGCAAAUUCAAAUUCAACUUCAUCAGAAUUAUCAAUCAAUUUCUAUUUACAAUUAACGAAGAACAACUGCUCUUCACCUAUCUAUUUAAAAAAAGCAAAAAUAGAUUUGUAUUACUCAAUCCUAGAGCCAACAAAGGCAAAACCGCUUCAUAUACGACAAUCACUAAUUUAGCUAGGAUGUUCAAUGUAGACGUUCUCGAGUAUGCCAGAAUAAUUGAAUUAAAGGCGCUACCAACACAUGACCAAGGAGCACAUAAGUCGAGAAAGAGGAGAUACUGGAGGAGAAGACGAGCAAGCUCUUCAUAUUAUUCGAAAACGUUUCCAUACUAUCCUCAUAUGCAGGAAACCGAGGAUAAAAAAAAGACCAGAAGAACUCGCGCCAUUGUUUAAUAAACUUACAGAAACUCGAGUGUGGGGAAAUAAUCAGCAUGAGAGAUUCACAAGAGUAAAGAAUCUAAGACGGGAGCCUGUAAAAACCGCAGGAACCAUUCAUAAUAAGCCAUGUAACGGGAAA